AUGAUACCAAUCCUUUAUCUCGCCAUAUCAAUCCUCCUCCCACCUCUGCUCUUCCUAACAUGGUACCUCCACACCCCAAGCGACCUGCCCCGUCUCCCCAAAAUCCCAAUCUAUGUCUCAGUCCUCGGUCUCUGGUCCUCAAUGGGCCAAGAUGAGAUCUACGAGCGCUGGUUCCGCACACCGCUAGAAAAACACGGGGCAGUGCUGGUCUGGUUCGCAGGACGAUGGAGUAUUCUCGUCUCCCGACCAGAUUGGCUGACAGAAAUUUUCCGGAAAGACCAACUGUAUACAAAGGCUGGCAGCCAGAAGAAGAUUCCCCAUUCUGUUAUUGCGACGCUGGUUGGUGAUAAUAUCAUUAAUGCGCACGAGAACUGGAGGCUUUUCACCUCGAUUAUGAAACCGGGGCUGCAGAAAAAGAUGUUUGAGACUUCUUCAUUACUGAAGCAGUCCAGGAGAUUGGUUGACAUCCUGAUUGGCCUGCAGAGAGAUACCGAGGCUGGAAAGGGGAUUCUGGUGAACGCCGAUGUGCAGAAGUGGGCGGUUGAUGUGAUGGGGGAGAAUUUCCUGGAUCUGGAGUUCAAGAGCCUCGGCCAGCCAGCCGGUCAAGUUCGCAUCGAAGCUCUCCAAUCAAUCAUCAAAGCAACGCUCUUCAAACCAAUGUACUUCAGCUUCCCAGAUCUAGAUCACUUUCCCUGGCUCCUGCGUUCGCGCAAACGCGCCUACGAAAUCAUGCACGAAUUCGACAACCGUCUCUUUGCCAAGGUCAUGGACAUGCUGGAAACCCACGAGAAGAGCCCGUCCAAGUCGGAGGAAAUGGUCUCGCACAUGCUAGGCGAAGCGUACAAAAGCGGGCGCAUCACAGAGAAGCAAUUCCGCAACAAUCUCAAGAUAACAUUCCUGACGGCCCACGAGAAUACUCAACAACUUGUCAAUAGUAUGUUCUGGCAAUUGGGCGUGCGAGUUGAUAUCCAGGAGCGGCUCCGCGAGGAGAUUCAGUCCACGGCAAGGAUAUGUCCCGAUCCUGAACAAGAAGUCGUCAACAAGCUGCCGUAUCUGACCGCUGUUGUUCUGGAAUUACUGCGUCUGUUCCCGCCAGUCUGUCAGCUUAUCAAUCGAGUGGCUUUGUCCGAUACCAUGCUCGGAGGAGAACUACCGAUUCCGAAAGGGACUUUCGUGGGAUGGAAUGCGUGGGCAGUGCAUAGUAACCCGGCGGUAUGGGGGGAGGAUGCGCGCGAAUUCAGACCUGAGCGGUGGGGGACGACGGUUGAGGAGAUGCAGGCCCAGUUCCGGAGAGAGACGGUGCGUGGCACUUAUAUUCCGUUCAACGCGCAUAAGCGGAAGUGUCUUGGGCAGGGGUUUGCCUUGUUGCAGAUUAAGAUCUUCUUGUUUGUUUUAUUGGGGAGGGUUGCGUGGGUUGUUGAUCCUGAGUAUCAGUUAAAGAUGACCCCGGUAGGUCAUUGCUUGGUUCUAUAUCUCCUUGGAAUGAUGCUGAUUUGCACAGGGUGGGAUUCUGGCUCCGUUGGGUUGUCGGGUUAUUCUGACCGAGUUGAAGCCUUUGUCUUGACUGUCCAGAUGGGCCGGCGCUGGGAUGUGCAGAAGAAGUGGUCGAUUCGGAAAUGGUAA